AGCCUCAAAAAUAAAGUUUACAAGCCUUCCAGCUUUGAUUCCUCAAUAUUAAUACUACUCUCUCUGAUAGCUCGCUCGCUCGCCUCUAACAACCAUGGGAGCCUGUGCGAGCAGACCUAAGGAUUUGGACAGGGACUUGGCCCCUGCCCCAGUUCCCGCCGAGGAAUCUGUCACCCCCGAGGGUGACGUUGUUCCUCAGGAGAAACAGGAUGGAGAGGAAACAAAGAAGGAAGAGCCUUUGAUUGAUGUGUCAACAGAGGCUCCAAAGAUUGAGGAAGUAAGCACAGAAACAAACGCUGUUGUCGAAGCAGAAGAGGAAACAGCCAAAGCAGCAGAGGAAGUCAAAGUUGAGGUUGUGAAAGAAGAGCCCAAAGAAGAGCAGACAGCUGAGGAAGAGAAAGAGGCUGAAACUGUUGCCCAGUAAAUAAAACUUAUGAAGUAAAUAAUGUAUAAAUAAAUAAAUAAUGGGCUUGAGAUUUAUUUUCAAUCAUAUCUUUAGGCUUAAAUUAGUUGAUUGAUUUGUUGAGGCUCCUGUAUUUCAUCAAACAACAAUAGUAAAAACUAAUUCUUGUA